AUGUCCAAAGAGGUCACGGUUUUUGCGAUUGAUCUGAAUUCGUCUAUGGGCAAGUCCCAUAAUGGGCGCCCGGAAUCGGAUCUCCAGUGGGCCAUGCAGUAUGUCUACGACGUGAUUGCUGACAAGAUCCUGUCACAGCGUAAGACUGACUGUGUGGGAGUUUUAGUUUACAACAAUGCAAAUAUAUCCAAGAUUAUAUACCCUAUCAAACAGUGCUUUUUAAAUGACAUUAAAACCCUUCAAGAAAGACUUACACCUAUCAAGGACGCACAUGAAGUUAAGGAAAAUGGGUUGCUGGACGCCAUAUUUACAGGGCUGCGGAUGAUUGUAGAUUAUACCAAUAAAAACAAGUACAUUCGCAAUUUAGUAAUAGUCACCAACGCACGGGGUCCCCAAAUCAUGCCCACAGAUUCCAACAUUGACCUGAUAUCCAAGCACUUUAAGGACCAAGAAAUCAACUUUAAAGUGGUGGGCAUUGAUUUCAGCCAGGGAUCGGAAGCCAUUUCAAACAACCCCCAUAAGGCUCAUAAUGAAAUGAUAUGCAGGGAAAUUGCAAGCAAGAUUCCUGAAAACUUUGCAGUCGUGGGCACGGCCGAAGAGGCUAUCGAACGCACAUGUCGGCCGGUGGCCAAACAUACCAUGGCCAUGAAAAAGUAUUCUGGGCUAUUGACACUUGGCGACGUAAUUACUCACAACUUUGGCGACGAUACCAUAUCAAUUCCUAUUGACGUCUACACAGGCACACGUGCAACGCCUCCAAUCUCUGCGACAGCGACCACGGCCAAAAAGUUUAUGCGAGAUGAGACUAAGAACAAUGGGAUAGAGUUGUGUAAGGUGUCAUUUGCUACGGAGUACUAUAUAAGUGACGGCAAGGGAGGUGAGAAGGUUGUGUUUCUGGAUGAAGAAGAAGAAGAAACAGACGCAGAAGUUGUUCACAAGAAAGAACGGGGGUACCGCGUCGGGUCCGAGUUUGUUGUUCUUGGUGAACAUGAAACAGAGCAAUUAAUGAAGGUUGCGUCUGGGCCUGAUGUCAAUUCUGUUCCAGGAGGAGUUUCACGAAUGCUUGAAAUUGUGGGGUUCAUGCCGUACAACACUGUGCCACGCUGGAUGGGUACGUCUGGCGUGGAGUACGUGCUUCCAGGGAAAAACAGUUUGUCUUCAUCCGCUGCUCUGGCAUCGUUUGUGAGAGCGCUUUAUGAAACAGACUCUGUAGCACUGGUGCGUGCCAAUGCAAGCGGUGGUCGUGGUGGCGGAGGACCUGGCGGUGCCACAAGUUCAAACCCUCCGCGGCUUGUGGACGGCUCUCCAACUGUAUCUGUGUUACGAGGUGGACCCGAGAUGCGGGUUCUUGUGCCUCAAAUUACUGAAGCGUGUGAGAUGUUUGUUUCUGUACGACUACCGUUUUCCGAUGAUGUUCGGCCAUAUGAGUUUGCGCCGGUGGGAUUCUCUGUUGACCGGGCAACUCAUCAAGCGGUGUUUAAUCGAGAUAAUGUCCCGAGUGAGGAAAUGCAAGAUGCAAUGGAUUCCUUUGUGGAUGCGAUGGACGUAAUGGAAGAUGGAGCUGAGUUUGAAGGGGAGGCCACAGAAUGGGGAGUUCCAGAGGAUAUUGUGAACCCACUUGUGCACCGUCUUAAGCAGGUGGUCAAACAUGUUGGAAUAUAUGGAAAGCCAGGCGAGCAGAUUACAGAGCUGCCACCAAUACCCUCAGGGUUGCUGGAGUAUGCGGAGCCGCCGGUGCAGGCCAUGACUAGGGCAGCUGCAGGACCAGCACCACGGCUGGAAAAGGCAUUUAAGGUGACCAAGGCUGUACCGAAGAGUGAGCGAAACAAGGGUAAAAGGGACCUAGAUGUUAGUCGGCCAGCGGUUGCGAGUGAGGCGUUGGAUCUGGAUGGACUUUUGGCUGGUACAUGGACUCCGAAGAGUGAGAGUGGGACAGAUGGUGGUAAAAAUCAGCAAGAUAGACAAGCAGAUAAAACAAGUGAGCCAUGGGGUGAUUUGACCGAGAAGAAAAAGAAGAAAAAGGAGACGUUUGAAGAAGAGUACGAAAGACUUGAAGUGGAGAUGACAGUUUCUGGAAUUACGCCUGAAGCUAAGUAUGCUGCAGCGGUUGCACUUUUUGAUUUUCUUGCAGCACGGGGUGGAGAAUUAGAGGAACUGCGUGGACUUGCGUCUGUUUCUUCAAAGGCACGAAACCAGGCCAAAGAGCUUUGCUGGAAAAUGGAGAAAGCUGUUUUGCGGGUUAUUGCGUUGGAUUUAAAUGGAAUGACGAACCGGGAACGAGUAGAGGAGGAGCGGGAAGACUUGGAGCCUUGGAUUAGGGAUUUUAAAAAUGAACUGAUGUGA